AUGCUCCGAAGUCGCCAGGCGACAACCAGAGCCGUUCGGGCUCUGGGACAGGCUCGUGCCUUUACCUCAACGACGACGCCCAUCAAGGCCGCCACUCAGAAGAAGAUUCCUACUGGCCAGAGAAAUCAGGCGACGGCGAGCGCUGCACCAAACGUCCGUCCCGUCCCGAGCCCUGCCUUCAACACAGCAGACAAUGAUCGAAGCCAUGUGCAACCUCUCGUCAACCCGCAGAAGCCUGACAUGGAUGAAUCAUUCAUUGGCAAAUCCGGAGGCGAAAUCUUCCACGAGAUGAUGCUGCGCCAAGGUGUCAAGCACAUUUUCGGAUACCCUGGCGGCGCUAUUCUCCCAGUUUUCGACGCCAUUUACAAUUCAAAACACUUCGACUUUAUCCUGCCCCGUCAUGAGCAGGGAGCCGGCCAUAUGGCCGAGGGCUACGCCCGUGCCUCGGGCAAACCCGGUGUCGUCGUGGUGACUUCCGGCCCUGGCGCUACCAAUGUCAUUACUCCCAUGCAAGAUGCCCUGUCAGACGGAACCCCCAUGGUCGUCUUCUGCGGCCAGGUCCCCACUGCAGCAAUCGGCAGCGAUGCCUUUCAAGAGGCAGACGUUGUGGGUAUCUCACGGGCUUGUACCAAGUGGAACGUCAUGGUCAAGAGCGUUGCUGAGCUGCCCAGAAGAAUCAACGAGGCUUUCGAGAUUGCCACCAGUGGCCGUCCUGGCCCCGUCCUUGUUGACUUGCCCAAGGAUGUCACUGCUGGUAUCCUGAGAAGAGCCAUCCCGACUGACACGGCUCUGCCGACUCUGCCCAGUGCCGCCACCCGUGCUGCCAAGGAGCUGAGCACACAGCAGCUAAAUGCUUCCAUUAAGCGUGCUGCUGAUCUCAUCAACAUGGGCAAGAAGCCCGUCAUCUAUGCCGGUCAAGGUGUUAUCCAGUCCGAGGGUGGUCCUGAGCUUCUCAAGGAGCUUGCAGACAAGGCUUCCAUCCCCGUCACCACAACCCUUCACGGUCUGGGCGCCUUUGACGAGCUGGAUGAGAAGUCAUUGCACAUGCUGGGCAUGCACGGCGCAGCAUAUGCCAACAUGGCUAUGCAGCAGGCUGAUGUUAUCAUCGCUCUCGGCAGUCGAUUCGACGACCGUGUCACUGGUGUCGUCUCAAAAUUUGCGCCUGCAGCUAGGCAAGCUGCUGCUGAGGGCCGCGGCGGCAUUAUUCACUUUGAAAUUAUGCCCAAGAACAUCAACAAGGUCGUCCAGGCUACCGAGGCCGUGGAAGGCGAUGUCGGCGCCAACAUGAAGCUCCUCAUUCCCCAGGUAAAAGCCAAGACCAUGGAAGACCGAAAGGAGUGGUUCGACGCGAUCAAGGGGUGGAAGAAGAAGUACCCUCUAUCGCACUACCAGCGAGCUGAGCGAACUGGCCUGAUCAAGCCGCAGACUGUCAUGGAGGAGAUUAGCAACCUGACGGCCGACCGAAAGGACAAGACGUACAUUGCCACUGGCGUAGGCCAGCACCAGAUGUGGGUUGCCCAGCACUUCCGCUGGAGACACCCUCGAUCCAUGAUCACUUCUGGUGGUCUGGGCACCAUGGGCUACGGCCUUCCCGCCGCCAUUGGCGCCAAGGUGGCUCAGCCCGACUCUCUCGUCAUUGACGUUGAUGGCGACGCUUCCUUCAACAUGACUCUGACGGAGCUGUCCACUGCUGCGCAGUUCAACAUUGGCGUCAAGGUUGUUGUCCUUAACAACGAGGAGCAGGGCAUGGUGACUCAGUGGCAGAACCUCUUCUAUGAGGACCGCUACUCACACACUCACCAGAGAAAUCCUGACUUCAUGAAGCUGGCUGACGCAAUGGGCGUGCAGCACCAGCGCGUCUCAGAACCCGAUAAGCUUGUUGAUGCUCUGAAGUGGCUGAUCAAUACCGAUGGCCCCGCUCUCUUGGAAGUUGUCACCGACAAGAAGGUGCCUGUCUUGCCCAUGGUGCCGGCUGGAUCGGCUCUGCACGAGUUCCUCGUCUUUGAUCCUGAAAAGGAUAAGCAGCGACGUGAGCUGAUGAAGGAGAGAACGAAGGGUGUGCAUUCCUAA